AUGCAAACAGAAAAGUAUAAAGUGAACUAUGAAGAUCCAUCUUAAUAAAAUAAGUACCGAAGUACUUCCGUCGACAAAUAAUCUUCUAAAAAGAAGUUGUUGAGUGUUCACCAAAAGAAUAAAUCUGUUUCAAUCAAAGAAGGACCAUUUGAUUAAUAUUUAGAUCAACCCUAAUAUCAGAAGUAUUAAUUGAAGGAUAAUAGAUAUUAAGAAAAUGUUAGAAAUAAUUUACCUUCAGCUUUAAUAAAAGUAAAAAAGAAAUCGAAAAAUAGAGAUUAAAAUGAAAAUUCUCAGAUGUUUAAUUAAGGGUUUGAUUCUAAAUUAUGUUUACCUUAACUUUCAGAAAAAAUCAACAAAUUUGAUGAUUUAGAAUCAAAUACUCCUGAUGAUAGUUUAAUAUUAGUGCAUAGAAUUCCAAAUAGCUAAAGGUUUAGGUCUGAAUACAAGUCUUCCUCUCCAGAGAGAGAAGCACUUUAUAAUAUCUAAAGUAUUUAGCCAAACUCUAGAUAUACUAAUUAAGAUAAUUAAUAUUAAGAAGCAAGUUACAUUUAAGCUUAGAAAAAGUCAAGGAAUUAAAGCGAGUUUAUUAAUUUCUUAGAUUAAGGAGACUCUAAUCCUGAAAAAGGAUAAGUUUCUUAUAAAACUUAAAGUGCAAUGCAAGUUUAAAACCAUAAUCAAAAUAAAGCUUAAGCUGCAGACAAUAUUAAAAUUGGUAUUUUGAAAAAUAAUAUUUUAGAAAGAUUCAAGCAGGGUAGUGCUUAAUAAAUACACACAAGUAACAACACUUAAUAGCAGGAUUAAUAAGAACAUUAUCCUCUCAAAAGCUCAUAAACUGUAGGUACAGACGAAGCUCUUAAAAGAGAGAAAAGAGCAAAAUCUUAAUACGAAUAAGUUCCAUAAAAAAGGGAUGACUCUCCAUUUAGGAAAAGAGGGUAUUAAGAUAACAACAAUUGCUUUUCUGAAAAUAAAUAAAUCAUCAAUAACAAUAAAUAUUUAUUUUACAAUAAAAAUAAAUAAUAAAAUGAUAAUUAAAUAUAUUAAAAUUAUAAUGUAAAUUAUCCUCUGACUUCUUAGCUGGCCUAAAACAAACCAAAGAAAACCACUUAUUUGCACAGGUCUUUUUAGAAUAAAUAGUAAAUUUAAUAAAAAUAGGAAAGCAAUACGAGAUAAUAGAUAACUAAUUAGCUGCAUGAUUCUAUCCUAUCAAACAAUAUUUUAUCUACUUCUGUGGAUAUAAAUAAAAGUAUGCUAAAAACAAUAAUCAAUUCAACAUAUGCAUAGUCUCAAUUAAAUAAAAGCAAACUUUUAUCUCCUGAUCCGAAUUAGUCGUUAGACUUACAUACCAGUUUCGAUAUUUCCAUGUAACUUAAAUAAUCCCCUUCUUCACCCUUAUCGUAAUCUCAAACACGAAGUUUAAGCCAUAAUAGGCAGAGUCAUAAAUAUCUGAAAGAAAUAUAGCAGUAGUAAAAUAGUAAAUAAGCACUAACCAAAAACUCUCCUUUCCAAGCAAGCUUUUCAAAUUUAAGUAAUACUUAAACUAAUAUUAGAGAAAAUAAGCAAAAUCUAAAUAUUUCACAUGAUAAUCAAACUAACUAAGGAUACUCGUUUUCAUAAAACACAAGCUAGCAAGUAAAAUUUACAAAGUUAAAUUUAAAUUAAACUGUUAGCGGUUAUAAUUUCGAUGAUUAAUCUUCUAAGCAUUCGUUUAGUUUGCUAAGUGCUAGAUUACAGUAAUCACAAAAUAAUCAAUCCUUUUCCUCACCAAGAUCAGUAACGACAACUUCAAGUCAUCAUGAGAAGCUCAUAUACAAACACAUUUAACAACUAAUUUAGUAGAAAAAUGGUAUUUCUACGUCUUCAAAUUCACCCAUUCAGAAAAAUUUGCAAUCAUUAAAUGUUGAGUCUAUUUUAAAAAGUAAUGAAGAUUGCAGCAGGUUCUUAAGACAUUAUUUUAACAAGGUAGAGAUGCUGUUUACUUCUAUUGAGCGCAAAGACAUGGAUCAUAUUAUACUUUUAGUUACUAAUUUAUUAGACUUACUAGUUGAAAUGAAUGAAAUUUAAUUAUUUUGCUAGUUUGUUCUAUUUUUGGGAUACACUGCAAAGGACUUUAAUCACAUUGAUAAAGCUAUCUUCUUUUUUUAACAAGUUGAUUUGCUAGCAAAUUUAUUUAGACAAUGGGCAGUUAAAUCAGAAGCAUUGAUAAAGUUGGCAGAGUGUGCAAAAGAGAUUAAAUUAUAUGACAGUUCUAUCUUAAUUUUGAAAAAAGCAUUGCAAUUUGUAUGGCUUACUAAAGAUCAUGACAGGGAGCUUUCAAUAUACGAUAAUUUGGGAUUAAAUUACUUUUAUCUUGGAGAUUUAGAAAAUGCAUUUUAUUACCAUGAAAAAUACAUGAAAGGUGAAACUGAGGGUGAGUAAACUGCAACUAAGUAAUUAUCAUUAAAAAAUAUCGAGUUUUUUGAGAUGAAACAGUACAGAAAAUAAAAUAAGUUCACAAAGCUUGUUAUGAUAAAUCUUUCUCUUCCAAUAAAAAAUAUAUUUGACAGUAAUGAGUAGUCACCUAUAAUAAAAACAACUAGAGACAGAAACAAAUUAAAUCAGAACUAAAUAUAAAAUUCUAAUUAUUAGAAUAACUCAUUUAAUAUUUUCUAAGAAGAGUCUAAUAACGCACAGGAUAAUUAACAAAAUAUGAUAGAUUUGAUGAAAUCGUAAUCUGGAUUCUUGCUAGUUCCUCUAUGUGAUUUUGAUAAGCUCGUUACAUACAAGAAUUGCGAUGGAAAAAAAAUAAUAUAAAAAUUAGUUUCCAGCUAAGAGUAUGAGUACAUCGUCUAAGAAAGCAGAGGAAACAAAGGAGAAUCUGAUAAUAAACCAAAGAUUAAAUAAAAUUCUGAAAAUCUAGAUCAAAUUUAAUAGGAAAGUAGUAAGUAGGUAAAAAAAGUAAGCCAUAGAAUACAACUUCCUGGUAUUCUAGUGAAAUAAAAUUAAACUUUAAAACACGAAGAAUUUAAGUAAAUGCUGAGUAAAAUGAAAGCUUCAAAUUUGAAUUUAGAAGAAAAAGUAAAAGAAAUGAUUAAGGAUAAAACAAGUUUAUAAUAAAUAAUGGAUAAAAUAGAGCAUAAUGCUAAAAAUAAUAAAAACACUUCUUUCUAGCAGUAAAAGGUAAAUCUAAAUCAUCUUGGUGAAGAAAUGCAAACUAAUAACAAGAAAAAUUAAACUGAUGCAUAUUAUUUAAAAAAAAGGUAUCUCUAAAUAUUAAGCGAAAUAAUAGGUGAAUAUGUUUUUAAAAAGUUAUUUUGA